CAGGAUACAUUUAAGAUCCAGACACAGAGAGCCUCUCUGGAUGUUUACCUGGCCGAUGGAAGGAAUGUUAGGCUUGAUAUCCAGACAUCGGACACUGCUGAAAGAGUACUAGAGGUUGUCUCAUACAAGAUGGGGCUGUCAAGAGAAUUAAUAGGAUAUUUUAGCUUAUUUUUUAUUCAAGAUCACAGCAAUGGAGUUCUCUCUGUGGUGAAAAAAGUGGCAGAAUUUGAACUUCCCUACGUGAGUCUUCAGAGUAUGAAAGAGUCAGACUGUAAGAUUGGGAUCAGAAAAUGGUAUAUGGAUCCCUCUCUUGAUAAAAUGUUAAUGGACUGUAGAGCUUCAGUGAAUUUACUCUAUAUGCAGGCACUGCAGGAAAUUGAGAAGAAUUGGGUCAAACCCACAGAUGGACAGAUGCAGAAACUGGAAUCGCUACAAAAAGCGGCAAACAAAAUGAAGGUUCUAGAGCUGGUUCAGGAAGUGCAGCACUAUGGAUAUAUACAGCUUGAUCCCUGCACCUGUGACUAUCCAGAAGUAGGCUGUUCUGCUGCUGUUCAUGUAGGAAAUAAUGAGAUUAGCUGCUGCAUAAAGUUACCUAGUAACCAGACCAAAGCGGUCAGCUUCAAGAUCAACAGGGUGAGGUGCUGGCAGGUCACUUUUCUAGGCGCUAUUACACAGCCAAAAGACCAAGGACACGAGCAGACCCUAGAGCUCAGGUUCGAGUACAAUGAUUCGGACUCAUGGAGAUGGAUCGUCUUUUACACAAAACAGGCAUUUCUACUGAGUAGCUGCUUAAAAAAGAUAAUAUCAGAACAGCUGAUGAAGACAACCAAAGGAGACAAAGAAAUGCAGAUUGAGAUGCCUGAAUCCCUGAAGAGUAAAAAAUCCAGCGUCCAACAAAGUCAGAUAGCUCACUCUGGUUUUAUACCAAGAAAAAGGAUUUUGGUUAGACCAAAUAAAGAGGAUGGUGUUUUUGAGAAGAUAAGAGAGGAAGAUCUGUGAUAGAUUAUUUAGAACUGCCUAUAAAAAUAUGUUGCAAAGUAUCAAUUAUAUUAAAAUAGUCUUCAAUUUAACAAUACCUUAUACAUUUUUCUGAUUCUUUGACAAUUAUAACAUUCUUGAUCUUGUAGUUUUAAAGAUCCAGUUAACCACUCCCUGGAGUUAGAACUUGCUACAAAUUUGAAGAAAAAGUGAAGACAGGGCAACAUAAAAACAUCUUACAUUUCUUAUAUAUGUGUAUUUUUAUAACUGAAAUUAAAAAAAUUUGAAAUAGAAAACAGUCUACUGAAAUGUUAGAG